UUUGAACGUCUAAUCUUUGACGGUUUAGACGAUUUUUAUACGAUAAAAGUGCGCCAAUAAUGGUUUGACAUAAUUUUUUUAGGUAUGACACACAGUUUUUGAACUAAUUUUUGAAAAACUAACUUUUGUGUGGGUGAUUUUUUCUGAUUUAAAACAAAAAUAAUAAUAAUCAUGGAGACGUUUAGUGGAUAUUACAAUUAUAAAUAAAAUGUAAAUGUCCGAUCGCCACUCAAAACUCAACUAUGAACCGUAGCGACCUCUACUACGCCUCCGAUUGGCUGAAUUGGACCCACUACGAAAACCUCACCGUCAACACAACAAACCCAGGAAAUGAAGCCUGGGAAAAAUGGACAGUCCUAAUCCAAGACCGAGCAGUCGUAGUAUCCUUACUACUCCUAUUCUCCUUAUGCACGGUGUUCGGUAACACCCUAGUAAUAAUGGCCGUAAUCCGCGAACGCUACUUGCACACGCCAACAAACUAUUUUAUAACGUCCUUAGCGGUAGCUGAUUGCCUAGUCGGACUAGUAGUGAUGCCUUUCAGCGCAUUGUACGAAGUCCUAGGCCACACGUGGUUCUUCGGGCCUGAUUGGUGCGACAUCUGGCGGUCGUUGGACGUACUAUUUUCAACUGCCUCGAUUUUGAAUCUAUGCGUCAUAAGUCUGGACCGUUACUGGGCCAUAACUGACCCGAUAGCUUAUCCCAUGCGCAUGACCAGAUUAAGAUCUGUUGUAUUGAUAGCUGCAGUUUGGGUUUGCUCAAGUGCUAUUUCGUUUCCGGCAAUAGUCUGGUGGAGAGCUGUCAGAACUGAGCCAAUACCCGACUAUAAAUGCCCAUUUACCGAGCACUUAGGUUAUUUAAUAUUUUCGUCAACAAUUUCGUUUUAUCUUCCAUUAUUUGUAAUGGUUUUUACUUAUUAUAGAAUUUAUAGAGCAGCAGUUGCUCAAACCAGAAGCUUGAGAUUAGGCACUAAACAAAUCCUUAUAGGUGCUGGAGAGUUGGAGCUCACUUUAAGAAUUCAUAGAGGUGGUACUUCAUGUAAAACCCCACAAAGUGAACAUAAUAGAUUGUAUAGUACUGCCGAAGAUGAACCAUUGACUGCUUUGGCGAAUAACGGCCUCAAUAGGAUACCGUCGACGCGGCUUGGUACUCACAGCAAAAACUUUUCGCUGAGCAGAAAACUGGCCAAAUUUGCCAAAGAGAAAAAGGCGGCCAAAACGUUGGGGAUUGUUAUGGGCGUGUUUAUAGUGUGUUGGUUGCCGUUUUUCGUGGUCAAUUUACUGUCCGGGUUCUGUUUGCAGUGCAUCUGGCACGAGAAAAUCGUUUUGGCGGUGGUCACCUGGCUCGGAUGGAUCAAUUCGAGCAUGAAUCCUGUUAUUUAUGCUUGUUGGAGUAGGGAUUUUAGACGAGCUUUUCUUCGAAUAUUGUGCGUCUGUUGUCCGAGAUCAGUCAGGCGGAAAUAUCAGCCUGCCUUCAGGAGUAAACCUAGUCAGUACUUCAACUCUCACACCCAAGUGCUGGAACCGACUGCGAGUACUUGUACUUAUGCGUCCGUUGGUCAACACGAACUCUAUCCUUUAUGACGUCACAUCAACCAUCAUCAAUCGGCUCUACCCAUAAGUCAAAGCGCACCUGGAAGUCCUACGCAUAGGGUCGUACAUUCUUGUACGCCUUCGCCAAAUACAAUAAGAAUUAUUGCAUAAAUUGUUUUUUUUUUGGAUAUCAAACAUUUUUUUCUUCCUUUAUAAUAUUAUAUAAAUUAUUAAUAUAUCUGUCCUUAGUUGCUCCUUAAUAAACAUUAUUUGCAUGUGUAGUAAAUGUUUUAUUUUGUUUUUUCAAAGUUGGGGAAAAAUAUACGCUUUUCGAUAGUUAAGGAAGGAUUUCCUGUUUGAUAUUCAAAAUACAAUAAACCAAUAACUGUUUGCAAUUAAUUAAUGUUCAAUUACUAGUAUUUGUAAAUAUAGUAUUUUCCUACUUGUAUAUUAUGUGUAAUGUAUGUGGGUAAAGUAAAAUACUUCCUAGAUAAUAUAAGCUUAGUUGUGUGUAAUUUUAGUUUUUUAAUGCAAAUAAUCCUCUUUUGUUUCGGGGUAUUUCAACAAUCUGUGAUAUAAGCAUUUUUGUAUAUAAUUAUUUCAAUCAUCAAUAAUGAUUAAUUCUGAAUCAAUUUGUAUUUUUUGUUUUGCUUUAUUAAUUGUUUGUACAUAAAUAAUUAAUUGUUAUUCUCUAUUGUAUAAAAAUGUCUAUCUGUGUUAAUUCAUUAAAUAAUUAUUAUAAACAAUGAAUGUUGUCGAUUUUUUAAAUGAGUUUCUACAAAUUCAAUUUUUAUUGAUUCCAGGAAAUGUUUGAUAAGUGAUUUUAUUACAGACAAUACAAAUGUUAGUUGAUGGGCAAAGCCUUAUGUAUCCAUUUGGGACCAUCCUUCUGAUUAAACUCGCCAGCAGUAUGAGCAAAUUUACUACGCAAAAUCCAUUUGGUGGUGAGCAAACCUUCGACUCCUACGGGACCUCUUGCGUGGAUUCUGGCAGUACUUAUACCGACUUCGGCACCGAGUCCAAAUCUGAAUCCGUCCGACAUUCUGGUGCUGGCAUUAUGAAAGAUGCAAGCUGAAUCGACUUUUUUUAGAAAUGCUUCAGCUGAUUCCUCUAAAAAAAAAAAUAAAAUAAUUAAUGAAAGCCAAUAAUUGAAGUCCGUAAGUACUAUUUUCUGUUAUAAUUGAUUCUGUAUGGCUGCUGCCGUAUUUAUGUAUAUGAUCGAUGGCCUCUUGCAUAUUAUCCACGACUUCUAUACACAUUUCCUUGUCUCCGUAUUCUUUUUUCAUUGAUUUUGCUAGAGGUGGUCCGAAUUGUAGAAAUUUUGAUAAUUUUGGCCCUGAAAUAAUCUCGAUGUUUGAUAUAGUUUCUUGACUGUUUUUUUGAAAUAGUGAAGGUUUUUACUGGGAAAGUCAAAUGUGAUUGAGA